UUUGAGGUUGUUAAUCUUUUGAUACAAGAUAAUAAAUUCCGAGAAUAUAAUUUGAUCAAUAUAAAUCGAAAGGAUAGAGCGUCUCCAUUGCACGUUGCUGCCCAAAAUGGUCACACGAAAGUAGUCAAACUUCUACUAACCAAAGGUGGAAAAGUAGAUUCGAAUAACUAUUGCGGUGUAACACCAUUGCACUUUGCAGCGCAGAAUGGUCAUACACAAGUAGGGGCGAAAGUAGACACUACGACGAACACCGUUAUAACACCAUUGCACUUAGCAGUACAGAAUGGUCAUGCACAUGUAAUCAAUGUCUUACUAAACAAUGGAGCAAAUAAAGAAAUUACUAUUAACAAUUGGACACUUUUGCACAUGGCAGCGAAGAAUGGUCGUGCAGAAGUGGUAGAAAUUUUACUAAAUGAAGGUGCAAAUGUAGAUGCUAAGGAUAAUAACUGUUCUACUCCAUUGCACUUUGCAGUCCAAAACGGUCACUCAGAAGUAGUUAACAUUUUACUGGCAAAGGGUGCGAAUGUACACGUCUCUGAUAACAACGGGUUUACACUACUGCAUUUUGCGGCACUGAUCGGUCAUACAGAAGUGGUUAACAUUUUAUUAGCCCAAUUCGUGAAUAUAGAUGCUACUUCAAAAGUCGGUCUGACACCAAUGCACUUAGCAGCACUCUAUGGCCAUACAGAGCUAGUUAAUAUUUUACUGACCAAAGGUGCGAAUAUAGAUGCUGCCUGUGAAGAACGUCGGACACCAUUGCACCUUGCAGCACUGCAAGGUCAUAAAGAAGUGGUGGAAAUGUUACUAAUUAAAGGAGCGAAAGUAAAUGCAACUGUUAAUGUUGGUAGGGUACCAUUGCACUUGGCAGCAGAAAAUGGUCAUAAAGAAGUGGUAGAAAUGUUACUAAAUGAAGGAGCGAAAGUAGAUGCAACUGAUAAUGGUGGUUUGGUACCAUUACACUUGGCCGCAAUAAAUGGUCACAAAGAAGUCGUAGAAAUGUUACUAAGUAAAGAAGCGAAAGUAGAUGCAACGGAUAACCAUGGUUAUGUAUCAUUGCACUUUGCAGUACAAAUUCGUCAUAAAGAAGUAGUAUAAAUGUUACUAAUUAAAGGAGCGAAAGUAGAUGUAAGUAAUAAUGGUGGUUGGGAACCAUUGCACUUGGCAGCACAAAAUGGCCAUAAAGAAGUGAUAGAAAUGUUACUAAAUAAAGGAGCGAAAGUAGAUGCAGCAAAUAACGGUGGUUGUGUGUCAUUGCACUUGGCAGCAGAAAAUGGUCAUAAAGAAGUGGUAGAAAUGUUACUAAAUGAAGGAGCGAAAAUAGAUGCAACUGAUAAUGGUGGUUUGGUAUCAUUGCACUUGGCCUCAUUAAACGGUCACAAAGAAGUGGUAGAAAUGUUACUAAAUAAAGAAGCGAAAGUAACUGCGGCAAAUAAUGAUGGUUGUUCACCAUUGCACUUGGCAGCAGAAAAUGGCCACAAAGAAGUGGUAGAAAUGUUACUAAUUGAAGGAGCGAAAGUAGAUGCAACUGAUAAUUAUGAUAGGGAACCAUUGCACUUUGCUGCAUAUCAUGGCCAUAAAGAAGUGGUUGAAAUGCUACUAAUUAAAGGAACGAAAGUAGAUGCACCUGCCGAUGGUGAUUGGGUACCAUUGCAUCUGGCAGCAGAAAAUGGCCAUGAAGAAGUGGUAGAAAUGUUACUAAAUAAAGGAGCGAAAGUAAAUGCAGCAAAUAAUGGUGCUUGUGUGUCAUUGCACUUGGCAGCAGAAAAUGGUCAUAAAGAAGUGGUAGAAAUGUUACUAAAUAAAGGAGCGAAAGUAAAUGCAGCAAAUAAUGAUGGUUGUUCACCAUUGCACUUGGCAACAGAAAAUGGCCACAAAGAAGUGGUAGAAAUGUUACUAAUUGAAGGAGCGAAAGUAGAUGCAACUGAUAAUUAUGGUAGGGAACCAUUGCACUUUGCUGCAUAUCAUGGCCAUAAAGAAGUGGUUGAAAUGCUACUAAUUAAAGGAGCGAAAGUAGAUGCACCUGCCGAUGGUGAUUGGGUACCAUUGCAUCUGGCAGCAGAAAAUGGCCGCAAAGAAGUGGUAGAAAUGUUACUAAUUGAAGGAGCGAAAGUAGAUGCAACUGAUAAUUAUGGUAGGGAACCAUUGCACUUUGCUGUAUAUCAUGGCCAUAAAGAAGUGGUAGAAAUGUUACUAAAUAAAGGAGCGAAAGUAUAUGCAACUGAUAAUGGUGGUUGUGUGCCAUUGCACUUGGCAGCAGAAAAUGGCCAUAAAGAAGUUAUAAAAUAAGAAGAAAAAUAAGAAAUGGUACUAAUUAAAAGAGCGAAAGUAGAUACUACUGAUAAUUAUGGCAGAGAACCAUUGCACUUGGCUGCAUAUUAUGGUCAUAAAGAAGUGGUAGAAAUGUUACUAAUUGAAGGAGCGAAAGUAAAAGCAACUGAUAAUAAUGGUUUGGUACCAUUGCUUCUGGCAGCAAAAAAUGGUCAUAAAGAAGUGGUAAAAAUGUUACUAAAUAAAGGAGCAGAAGUAGAUGCAACAAAUAAUGGUGGUUGUUUGCCAUUGCACUUGGCAGCAGAAAAUGGCCAUAAAGAAGUGGUAGAAAUGUUACUAAUUGAAGGAGCGAAAGUAGAUGCAACUGAUAAUAAUGAUUUUGUACCUUUGCACCUGGCCGCACACAAUGGUCAUACAGAAGUGGUUGAAAUUCUACUGAACAAUGGUGCGAAUGUAAAGCAACUUAUAAUUAUUGGGCAAGAUCAACUUAUAAUUUUUGCGGACGAAGAUGACUCAUAUCUCUAACAAGAGAUGCACAUGAGGUUGUUUUAAUCGGAGUAAUUUUCACACUAUUUACUAAUGUGGAGUAAAUGGUAACAAAUUUGAAGAAAUUAAAAAAGAUAGUUUUGUACUCCCAAUCCUAUAUUUGGAAAAAAUAUACAAACUACACUUUUUGGUGUGGUGAGCUCAAUUCGUUUGUGUCUUUUACCAUAAUUUUGAUUUGGAUGAUGAUGUUGUUGAUAGUUCCGCCCAGGGUUGCGAACGGUACACACCAAAAAAAUCUGAAAAAUACAGGUGACUUAAUUCCUCAUGCGAUGUAAUUCAUAAAGACCUAGUUCGACAAAUGACGGAAAAUUUCAUUUGUAUUGACAUAAUGUUAGAUGAGCUUGAAUUUUACUGGUUUCGACUGUAACUUGCAUUAUGCUAGGACGUGCGACUGUAUGAAUUUAAAUGCACCUUUUACCAACCAAGCAGAUGUAUGCUUCUGUGGCUCGGUCGAUUAACAGACGUACAUGUGAACCAACGAUUCUCGGUUCAAGUCGCGGCGGGUUGCUAUCAAUAUUCUUUUUUUUAUUUCAACGAAUUUCAUGUCAUGGAGUUUUAGACACAAUAUUAAAUGUUCUUCCACGUGAAUUUGCGUGAACUGUAACGCUCCAUUUAUGUGCAUCUAAUAAGAUGUAAAAUCACAGAGAUUUUUUUAAGUGUGUACUGAAAAAUGACACGAAACAGCAGACAGUCAAACCGCAGAAAUGACAGCAGAUGGAAAAUGUCAUAAGUCUCAUGACAUUUUCUCUCGUGAGUGUCGCCGUUUGCUCUCAUCGAUUGCUGUUUUGCUCUUUUCAUUCUGAGAAUGGCUAGCCACAAUAAACAGUAGCUCCUUCCAAAUUCAACAACUUUCGAGAGACAGUCGCCAACAAGGCUCAACUUUGAAAUUCGUUUUAUGUCGAUUCUCAUAAGGUGCAGGGGGACAUGCACAAGAAAAUCUUUCUUCCCAAUGCAGACGGUUUUUUUUCUGUAUCCUUACGUGUUUUGUUUCUCUGCACUCCCGUUGGAAGGAAGCGGCUCAGUGAGAAAAGCAAAGUAAAUGCUUUGGCUUACAGAACUUGGAUGGUGGGUUCGUUUUGGCAGUUCGGGUGAUUUUGAUUUAUUUCCAGUUGGUUGAUUUACUCCAAUGCACUUUUUCGAUCAAACAAUUAAACCCCGUUUAGCUUGAACCAGAAUUGUACACGGAAAGACCGAAAUCAGCAUUUUGGCGAAAAAAUUAGUUGAUUUUCUGAUUUUAGUUAGUUAUUUUUUGAGACAACUAAAAAAAUCUUAUUUUUGCUAAUUUAGAUUUUCUAAUUCUCAUUCCCGUAAUAAUAAUAAAAUAUUUGUUGAAAUAGCUAUUUUUGUGGUUGAAUUCACCAAUUAAACGUUCUGUCAUUUCUUAGCUAAGGCACACUUCACUUCCAUUCAACUAAUUUUUUAGUUGAAUUGUGAGAAAUAAAACGUUGUUUUCAACCAACAUAAAUGGUUGAAUUGGUUUCUGCAAUUUGCAGCUAUGUGGCGCACUGUCAUCGUAAUUACUACUAGUCACUAGAUGGCACACUAGUCACUGGCAGGUAUGAAUACGAUGUUGUAUUGGAGAAAAAGACAUAAACGAAACAUAAACUUCUUUUUGAAAAUUUGUCUUAUAAAUCGCUGUUUUCUUCAUUCGACUGUUCUACGCAAAACAUUAUUAUGCACAAUCGCGCACAAAUUCUUAAUAAAUGCAUAUUCCACUAAGAGUUACGUCAUUGUUACCUAUCGAUUUAGAAAUUUAAAUAUGGAUAUAUCGUAACACAUGCGAAAAACAUCAAAACAAUUUGCAAA